CAACUGUAUUUACUGUUUUCAAGAUUCAGAUCUGGUGAAAGCUAGUCAGGCUAACCAAAAAGAAUUUUGAAAUCCAAUUUUAUUUUGAAAAGCAGACUUUGCUAUAGGGAAAGUAAUUGUGCAUACUCCUCCUGAUAUCAAUUAUUAUUAUUGGCCCGGUAAUCAGUGAAAGGUUUGGUGUACCCAGAGAUUUUGCAAUUGAAAGUUGGUCAUGUCAGAAUACUUUGUAUCGGAAGGAGCCCUCAAGCUAAACGGAUUUAAAAAAAAAAAAAAGAAAAGCAAGAAAUCAAAGGACUCAAAGAACCUUGAAGCUCACAUGUCACGCACCGACCACCACUCGACAGAUGAAGACAAAAGUGAAAACGUGGCUAGUUCAAGUAGCUUAAGGCAGUCAAAGGAAGGCCCUCGCCUAAUUACCUGCCAACUGACUAAGGCUCAAAGAACCUUCAAAAAAAUGCAAGAGAAAAAGAAACUUGAAAGGAUAAUGGAAAAAGCAUCGAAAAGUCACCGACAAAGAGUGGAGGAGUUUAAUGCAAAGCUUGACAAUCUCAGCGAGCAUUAUGAUAUCCCAAAAGUAUCCUGGACUAAAUAAGUUUUUACUGCUCAUCCAGGCUUUAUCAUAACGCUGGUCGCAAAUUGCAAACACAUUCUUUCAUCCUGUACAUAGUCAUGUACUUUGAAUAGGCUAAUGUAAUAUACAUGUACAGAAUAUAUCAUCAUCGACCUCCGUCAAUAAACUGUGUCAAAUAAACUAAACAAAAAUCA